AUGACCCUUCAGGCGAUCUAUGAGGGUUUCCUGGCCAGGCCAGAGCCGGAGUUGCUCGCGGAACAGGCCUCGCUGCACUACAUCACCACCACGACCUCGCACGCUGGAUCCCAGGACAUCAUCAAGCACCUGCAGGCCGUCCGCCGGACGCUGGAUAAGAAGUCCCAGGUCACGCUCAGCGCCGUCGAGGGUGCCAACUCCCUCUGCCUCGAGGUCGAGACCACCUUGCUCUUCACCUGCGGCGGGGGACCUUAUCUGCUGUCCCUCGACGAUAACUUCGUCGUCGAUCAGACUGUCACAAUCCCAGUGAUCCAUAUCGUUCACUUUGAUGGAGAGAACAAGAUCGUACAGAUCCGCCAGUACUGGGACCAGGCUUCGCUGUUGAGAAAGCUCAAUGUCAUUGGAUCACGGAACAACUGGCCAAUCUCUGAUAGCGUGGAGCAGAAGCGUCUAAUCAGCUCGUCCAUCGCAGCUGCAGCCAAGUGUUCGAAGAAAACUGAGGCUGAGGCUGAACCCAAGAAGACGGAAGAGCGAGCACCCAAGAAGAAGGCCGCAAAGGAGCCGGAGACUCCCCUAUCCUUUUUCGAAGCUCAGAGCGUCGAGGAGCCGGUGCCGGCUACCAAGUCUCGUACUUCCACUUUCUCUGCAAAGCCAGCUCCACGAGACUACAAUGACCUGUUCCAGGGAGAUGACGAACCCCUGGUGACUCCUCCUAGGUCGAGAGACCAGGUCCUGGGUACUCCCAAGACCCUCUCAAAGACGUAUACCCAUUUCGAGUUUGGUGAAGGAAAGCUGCCUGGCGACCAGCCCAUAAGACCGUCCAAAAAGCCCAGCCACUUUGAAUUCGGAGAUGAGGUUGAGCCUCAUGUGCUAGAGGAACAGAAGAAGGCCACCGAGAAGUCAAAGUCCAAGCAUCCGGGCCACUUUGAGUUUGGAGAAGCCGAGGACUGUCCCAUGCCCGUCCGUCCUCGAUCAUCCAAGCAUCUUUCUCAAUGGGACUUUGAAGACUUCGUCACUCCCGAAAAGCCCAAGAGAAGACCCGUCCGAGGUCAGGAGGUGCGUCACUUUGGCUGGAGCGACGAUGAGGUGGAGAACGUCACUCCCAAGCCAAAGCCACGCAUCGCCCAUCCACGACGUGACGCUGAGACCCAUUUCAAGCUCCAGGAUGAGCAAACCCCCCUUCCAGCUGAGAAGGCCACUGCAGGUGCUGCGCAUAACAGAGGCCUGAAGCUGUAUGAACACAAUUUGUACGAUGAAGAUGAGAAACGAGAAGAACCCCUGAAUACCUCCAACGGUACCUCCAACGGUAACAGCAACAACUGCAACACUUAUAGACGCAAAAUCUUUGACCCCCAGUGGGAGAUGAAGGACGAAUUUGUGCAUGAAAACGGCAACGCGGCCGAGGAAGAAGAGAACAAACCCGUCUCUCGAAGCCGUAUGGGCGUUGUCAAGCUGAUGGACUCCAGCUGGGACAAGUUCGACGAGAACAGCCCCCAGGAACAACAGCCCGUCGUCGACCGUCCCAUCCGCGCCAACCCAGCUCGCCAGAGCGUCUAUUCCAGAAACUGGGGCUUUGGAGACGAGGAUUAA